UAAUGGCUAGUGAGGAAGAAGUAAACAUUGAGGAUGAAAUUAUUGAGGAAUCAUAAGUAGAAGACAAUCCAAAAAAGAAGAAGGACAAGAAAGAUAAGAAAAUAACUAUGAAGCUAGACUAGAAAAAGCCAAUUGAUGGUAAAUAGCAAUUUGGUGAUAAAUCUAUAUGUCGAUUAUGCAAAGUGACUACUCAAUCCACUCCAACUAUAAUCUGUAUAAGGUGUCACUUUAAAUACCACAAGGAAUGCAUACGAACUUAAAACAAAGAGCCAUAAUUCCAGGAAGGUACUAAAUGGUACUGUCUCUCAUGUAUAGAGAGAAUGGCCAAGAGAAAAUUGAAAGAGUCGGAACCAUAGAAAAAGAAGAAAACUAGUCAAAUCCCUGAAUUCUUUUAGAAAACCUUAUAACCACAAGAAGAUAAAUUGAAAAAACACACAGAAUUUCAAUAAAAAUAUCCAACCUAUGUCUAAUAAGGAAGAGUAAUUUUUCCAAUAUUUGAUGAAUAUCUGACAGCAUAUCAAUAAUUGUUUACCAUAGAAAUUAAAAAGAAGCCUAUUCUCCAACUUGAUCCAACUAUUCCCCAGAACCUCUUUGAAGAUAUUCUUAAGAUAUGGGAUAGUUAUAAUUAUAUGGAUAAAAUAGUGAGUGACAUUCUCUAUGCAGGAGAACAGUAAACUGAAUGUAUUUCUAUACAUAAUAUAAAAAGAGUAAAGUUAAGUUAAUAACAUUGGUACAUUGAUUCAUUUCAAAGACAAUCACACACCCUAUAGUUAAAAAACUCGCUUAGAGAUAUAUAAUAUAAUAUAAACCAAACCUGAAGAAUUGAUCCUCUUCUUUUGUUACUUCUAUCUUAAAUAAAUAAUUGAGGAUUUAGAUUAAGAAUAAAUGUAAAAAUAAUCAUAUGUAAUUCAUAUCACAAUAUAUCUAGAAAAUCCCAUAUUGGCACCUACUUGGAUAUAUGUGGUUUACAAAUCGAAUCCGAUAUUAUGAAUUAUUAAGGGAUGACAUUAAAUAAUUGCCAACCAAUAUCUAUAAACAAGGAAUUCUACCUUUGACAUAAGAUAUGAUAGACUUUUCUGAUUACACAGACAUCAAGAAAGUGUGUAAAUUACUUAUAGCUUUAUCAGAUGGAUUGACUGGUCUAAAGAAAACUUAGUUUUUAUAUCAAUUCAGAACUGAAAAUCUCCUAUCUAAUAAUAGAAUCAAAUAAUAAUUAGGCACAUAGAUUAAAUAAUAAAGAAGUUAAUAAAUUGACAUUAAAAAAGAGAUAAUUGAAGCUGAAGGUAACAUAUCAAUUGCCAAAGUAUAAUUUCUUAUAAUAUAUUAGUCUUAAUUAAAAUAAGAUGGUUUAACAAGAGUUGAAUCACAGAAAUUUACAAAAUAAAUGGAAUAAGCUUAAAAAUAGGCAUAAAAAUUAAAAUAAUAGUAUUCAAAAUUAGAAAAAGAAAUAGCUUCUUUAACAGAAAGAUAUAAUUAAUAAGAUAAGGUAACUAUGUAUUAAUAUAUUUAUUAGGAAUUGGCUAUUACUUAAAUGCCAGCUUUAUUAUUAAAUCCAUCUAUGUGUUUAGGUCAGGAUGCUAAACAUAGUUCAUAUUAUUUCUUUUUAUAUGAACCUGAUAAAAUAUUUGUAUGUAUGAGACAUUCUAUUAUUGAUGAUGAUGGAUCAUAAUAAUGGGGAUUUUAUGAUUAGACUGAUAUCUAAAAUCUACUUAAUUCUUUAUGUCCAAAAGGUGUUAGAGAAAACACUUUAAAGAAUAAUAUUAUUGAAUUAUAAAGGGCUAAAUUGUUAUAAAUAAAUGAGUAAAAUUAAGAAUAGAAUAAUGAUUAAAUAGAAUAAGAGAAUAAUAAAAAUGGGAAAGGUGUAGAGAAUGAUAUUGAAUAAGAGGUUCAUAAUUAAAGUGAAGAAUAAAUAGAGAGAAUAAAUAGUUUAAUAAAUUUAGAUGUAGAUGAACUUGUUAAUGAAUUUGUUGAAAUUGAAUCAAGUUUAACAUAAUAUUUAAAUUAAAAAAAUUCAAGAUGGUGUAGUACUGAAUAAAGAAUUGCAUUUUUAAAGAGUUUUUAGAAUGUUAUUGAAAAAAAGAGUUCACAAGAAUAUGAUGAAAUAGAUCUCAAACCUUUAGGAAAAGCUAUUGAAUAUUUUGUAGAUAAUACAAUGAUGUAAGAGAAAUUAGAACUCAGAUUAGAUGAAGAUAUAGAUGAGAAAUUAUUAAAUGAAAAUGAAGAUGAUUCUUAUUAAUAACCUAAUAGAAGAAGAAAAGUUGUUGAAGAUGAUUCAUCUGUUGAUGAAUAACCUUAAACUAUGUUACAAUAAUUAGAAUAAAUGGAUAUUGGAAAAGUAAGAGUAAGAAAAUUACCAAUGAAAUUAUUUGGUACUUAUUAUGAGACUUUACGAUUGAAUUUAAUUGAACAACUCAAAUUUGAUUGUAAUUUAGCAAAAAUGAAGAUUUGCUUAGAAGUAUUAGGUCAAAUUGUUAAGGAUUAUAUUGACAGAAAAAAGAUUCAAAUACAAUAAUAAAUUAUACCUGUUGGAGAAAAGAAAAAGGUGGAAGAAGUAGUUGUUGUUGUUAAAAAGAAUGUUGAACCUCAACCUUAAUUUGUUUAAGAAGCAUAAUUGUAUGUUACUCAAAAUUUGAGGAAAAGAAACUAAGUAAAACCUUAAUAUACUGAGACAGAAACUAAAUGGGAGGACAGAUGCAAGAAAUGUAAUAAAGGAGGAAAAGUUAUUUGUUGUGAUACUUGUCCAAAAGUAUUUCAUCCAAAAUGUAUAAAUUUAAAGGAGGUUCCAUAAGGGAAGUGGAACUGUCUUAAUUGCUUAACAAAUUUUGAGAGAUAAAUUAAAACAAGAGCUACUAUUAGAAAGUUAGAAAACCAAUGAGACAAUGAUCCAUUGUUUUUAUUAUUAAAUAAUGAUUUGUGAUUUAGUUGAUUAUACUCUAAGAACAACUCCAAAUAAAGGAAGGUUUUCAUAGACCAACACAACAACAUCCCCUAACAGUUCUAGCAAUUCAUCUUUCGAAGCUUCUUAACUUAAGAUCCCACGACCUUUGUUAAGUUUUGAUGAAAAAUUUGAAGCUUCUCUUUGUGCUUUUGGUAAUAGGUUUAUAAUCCAUUUUAGAGUUUAAAUUAUUAGUCCCUGAAGAAGAUGGCUUAAUAAAUUUUGAACAGUUCAGUUAAGAAUUGAUAUAAGACAAACUUAUAUUCUUGAAUGAUGAAAAAUAUUUAUAAUAGUAAUAGGCAUCAUUAGAGAUUUUAGAAGAGAAUGUAACGCAUUUAAUUAAAAAACUUAGAUUCUUAAGGAUGAUAGAACCACUUUGAUGCUCAAAAAUAUACCAAGAAGCAUGAAGCCAAAUGACUUGAGAAAUAUUUUAAAUAAAGAAUUUCGUAAUCUCUAUGAUUUUUUCUAUUUACCUUUGGAUAACAAUGUAUUUCUAAUUUUAUAUUUGAAGAAUGAAGGUCAUUUGGGAUAUGCUUUUGUUAAUUUUAUCAAUCAGGAUGUAGUAUUAAAGUUUUAUAGAACAUUUAAUAAUUAAAAAUGGACUAAUACAGAGAAAGUAAUUCUAAUUUUAUUAAUUGUAGUAAAUUUGUCAAUUGAAAUAUGCUAAAUUAUAGGGAAGAAGACAAUAUGAAUUUGCAAGAUGA